UAUGGAGCAAAUGAGCUUUUUAAAAGAUACUUUUGAUCUUGGAAUUAAAAACACAGUCAGUAAUUUAACGCUACCUACACCUACACCAGAAGACACUUCCUUCAACGAUGAUCUACAUUCUGAACUCGGUAACCUCUCUAAUUUUUCUGAGGAUAAUGAAUUAAAUAAAGGCAACAAGAAACGGAAAGCCGAUGAUCCAAUUGAAAGAAUUGCAAAAGCGUUGAAUGAACCUAUUCCUCCUCCUCAAAUCUUACAACAACCGCUCUUACCCAUGCCUGAAAUAAAAGAGAAGGAUGAAAUUUGUAAUUUUUGUUUAACAAUGGAUAGAAAAUUGCGAAAGUUACCUCUGAAAAAAGUAAAUAUGGCAAUGUUUAAAAUGUAUGAACUUCUUUUUAAAAUUGAAAAUGAAGAUAAUUUUAUGUAAGCAAACAAUUGGUUUUUUUAAGUUUAUCUAUAUAUAACAACACUUAUAGGAAAAACUCAUACGUGUAAAAUUUAGAAAUAUAUACCUGUAGAAAUAUAUAUCUUUAGAAAUAUA